CGUCGCUGCAAAAAGGCAACAGCCGUCGAGCCGUCGUUCUUGACUUCCCGCGCUUGCCUUCUUGCUGAAACCAAUCUGUCUCUGGUACGCGGCCUAAUCAUUAGCUGGAGCAAGCAAACAUGCGGUGAGCGUUCUCGGUACAGCGUGCUGAGACAGGUCCUGGAGACGUUGACACGGUGCACACGAGAGAGGUUGGGACGAGUCAGUCCCGUGACCGCCCUUGGAGACGACGUCUGUCAUGCCAAAGGCGGUGACACAGUUCUGUGCGACGACGGGUUACCACAACACGACAGAGAAUGGAAGGCCGACCGCCUCCAAUAA